GGCGCAGCGGCGAGAGGGCACGGGGUAGGGCCAUGGCCCCGGGGGGCCGCUAGCCCGGGCCGGCCCAACCCGGAGCCGCUCCGCCGCCGCUGCCGCCGGCGCCUCCCGGGUGCCGGGGCCCCGCCGCUGCGGGAGAGGUGUCUGGAGAGCCAAGCCUGCUUCCUGGGCCCCAGGCCCCUCUCACAAUGCCUGUCGCUGGUCUCCUCUUCUGGGCUUCCCUUCUGACUGGGGCCUGGCCAGCUGCCCCCACCCAGGACCACUACCAGGCCAUGCCCCGGAUUCGGCUCUCAUUCAAAGAGCUUAAGGCCACGGGCACUGCCCACUUCUUCAACUUCCUGCUCAACACCACUGACUACCGAAUCCUGCUCAAGGACGAGGACCACGACCGCAUGUACGUGGGCAGCAAGGACUACGUGCUGUCCCUGGACCUGCACGACAUCAACCGCGAGCCCCUUAUUAUCCACUGGGCAGCCUCCCCCCAGCGCAUUGAGGAGUGUGUGCUCUCAGGCAAGGAUGGCAACGGCGAGUGCGGGAACUUCGUCAGGCUUAUCCAGCCCUGGAACCGAACACACCUGUACGUGUGCGGAACAGGUGCCUACAACCCUGUGUGCACCUACGUGAACCGAGGCCGCCGUGCCCAGGCCACACCGUGGACCCAGAUGCAGGUGGUCAGAGGCCGAGGCAGCAGAGCCACGGAUGGUGCCCUCCGCCCGACACCCACGGCCCCACACCAGGAUUACGUCUUCUACCUUGAGCCUGAGAGACUCGAGUCAGGGAAGGGCAAGUGUCCGUACGACCCCAAGCUGGAAACAGCCUCAGCCCUCAUCAACGAGGAGCUCUAUGCUGGUGUGUACAUUGACUUCAUGGGCACCGACGCAGCCAUCUUCCGCACGCUGGGAAAGCAGACGGCCAUGCGCACGGACCAGUACAACUCCCGGUGGCUCAAUGACCCUUCAUUCAUCCACGCUGAGCUCAUCCCUGACAGCGCGGAGCGCAACGACGACAAGCUCUACUUCUUCUUCCGUGAGCGGUCGGCAGAGACCCCGCAGAGCCCCGCCGUGUAUGCCCGCAUCGGGCGCAUCUGCCUGAAUGACGAUGGUGGCCACUGUUGCCUGGUCAACAAGUGGAGCACAUUCCUAAAGGCACGGCUGGUCUGCUCCGUGCCGGGCGACGAUGGCAUCGAGACCCACUUCGAUGAGCUCCAGGACGUGUUUGUCCAGCAGACCCAGGACGUGAGGAACCCGGUCAUCUAUGCUGUCUUUACCUCGUCGGGCUCUGUGUUCCGAGGCUCUGCUGUGUGCGUCUACUCCAUGGCCGACAUUCGCAUGGUCUUCAAUGGGCCCUUUGCCCACAAGGAGGGCCCCAACUACCAGUGGAUGCCUUUCUCCGGGAAGAUGCCCUACCCACGGCCUGGCACGUGCCCUGGUGGGACCUUCACGCCAUCCAUGAAGUCCACCAAGGACUAUCCCGAUGAAGUGAUCAACUUCAUGCGCGGCCACCCGCUCAUGUACCAGGCCGUGUACCCGCUGCAGCGGCGGCCCCUGGUAGUCCGCACCGGCGCUGCCUACCGCCUCACCACCGUUGCCGUGGACCAGGUGGAUGCAGCGGACGGGCGCUAUGAGGUGCUUUUCCUGGGCACAGACCGCGGGACAGUACAGAAAGUCAUCGUGCUGCCCAAGGACGACCAGGAGAUGGAGGAGCUCAUGCUGGAGGAGGUGGAGGUCUUCAAGGACCCGGCUCCCAUUAAGACCAUGACCAUCUCUUCCAAGCGGCAACAACUGUACGUGGCCUCAGCCGUGGGUGUCACACACCUGAGCCUGCACCGCUGCCAGGCAUACGGGGCCGCCUGCGCUGACUGCUGCCUCGCCCGGGACCCCUACUGUGCCUGGGAUGGCCAGGCCUGCUCUCGCUACACAGCGUCCUCCAAGAGGAGGAGCCGCCGGCAGGAUGUGCGGCACGGGAACCCCAUCAGGCAGUGCCGCGGCUUCAACUCCAACGCCAACAGGAACACGGUGGAGUCAGUACAGUAUGGUGUGGCGGGCAGCGCGGCCUUCCUCGAGUGCCAGCCCCGCUCGCCCCAGGCCACUGUUAAGUGGCUGUUCCAGCGAGACCCCAGUGACAGGCACCGAGAGAUUCGCGCUGAGGACCGUUUCCUGUGCACAGAGCAGGGCUUGCUGCUUCGGGCCCUGCAGCUCAGCGAUCGCGGCCUCUACUCCUGCACAGCCACCGAGAACAACUUCAAGCAUGUCGUCACACGGGUGCAGCUGCACGUGCUGGGCCGGGAUGCCGUCCAUGCCGCCCUCUUCCCACCACUGGCUGCAAGCGCCCCAGCCCCUCUGGGCGCAGGCCCCCCGACACCUCCCUACCAGGAGCUGGCCCAGCUGCUGGCCCAGCCGGAAGUGGGUCUCAUCCACCAGUACUGCCAGGGCUACUGGCGCCACAUGCCCCCCAGCCCCAGGGAGGCCCCAGGGGCACUCAGGCCCCCCGAGCCCCAGGACCAGAAAAAGCCCCGGAACCGCCGUCACCACCCACCGGACACAUGAGGCCAGCUGCCUAAGCCCUGCCAUGGGCCAGCUUAGCCCUUGUCCCUUUUAAUAUAAAAGAUAUAUAUAAAUAUAUAAAUAUAUAUAUAUAAAAUAUCUAUAUUCUAUACA